GCUUCACUGACUCGUCUGAUGCGUCUGAGUGUUUCGCUCCAACUUUUUGAAGAAGCAAAACAAGUCAGGGAAUUUCUUUUUUUGUCCACACAUGCAAAGUCUCUGAUUGGCUGGAAGUUCUGGAGUAGUUUUUCUCUCCUCUGCUGAACCUCCCCCUAUAAAAACCUAUGAUGACAUGAAGGCUUGAUUCUUUUGAAGUGCGCAACUGAGCAAAAUUGAUGGAAUUACGGAGUUGGCAGAGGAAAAGUAAACUUUGACACUGGACGAACUCGUGGAAUAUCGCUUCUAAUAUCAGAGUUAAGGCUGUUAUUUCACAGUUGGGCUGCUUUUCUCAGCUUCAUCCCUUUUUCUAACGGUUUCUGAACUCGGGAGUUAAAGCGAUCUUUACGCACAGUCUGCGCCAUGGUGAACUCGUGUCUCCAACUGAGCGGCUUCCUCGUCAGCUGCCUCGGCUGGCUGGGCAUCAUCAUCGCGACGGCCACCAACGACUGGGUGAACAUGUGUAAAUACGGUUUGAACACCUGCAAGAAGAUGGAUGAGCUGGGAGCCAAGGGACCCUGGGCGGAGUGCGUCAUCUCCACGGGACUGUACCACUGCGUGUCCCUGACGCAGAUCCUGGAACUGCCAGCCUACAUCCAGACCACUCGCGCCCUGAUGAUCACAGGUUCGAUCCUGGGUCUCCCGGCUGUGGGGAUGCUCCUCAUGUCCAUGCCCUGCAUCAACCUUGGCAACGAGCCGCAGAGCUCCAAGAACAGACGCACCAUCCUGGGAGGGGUCCUCAUAUUCAUAGUUGCGUUGUGCGGUAUGGUUUCCACGGUCUGGUUUCCCAUCGGAGCUCACCAGGAGCACGGCCUCAUGUCCUUCGGCUUCUCCCUCUACACCGGCUGGGUGGGCACUAUUUUCUCCCUGCUGGGCGGCUGCAUCCUCACCUGCUGCACAGCGGAUUCCUCCUCCUCCUCCUCCUCCUACCAGGAGAACAACCGCUUCUACUACUCCAAACAGGGGGGCGGCAACCAGCCACCCGCCCCCUCCACCAAUCACGCCAAGAGCGCCCACGUCUGAGCCGGGGGGAGAUGGUGGCUCCCUCGUGGAAGUGCAGGGGGACUGUAGCUAUAGUCUGUAUAUAGAGACCGAUACACAAGGGGCAAACAAACACACAUUCAACACAAGAAGUAUUAGAUGCACACCUGUGCUGUGAGAGGAGACACGUUCACACACUCAUUCAUGUUGGUUUAAAGUAGAAGGGGAAAUUCAUGGAUGAGCAUAAACACACACAGAAAGGAGACACUCACACAUCCAGACACACACAGACCUGCUUUUGUUGGAGCUCUUUUUCCAUCAGUGGAUUGUUGUGUCCACCUCAGAGCUCGUCUUCCUCCGAGUGUGGACUCAAACCACGAAGUUCCUAAUCACCUGAGGUCUCGUGGACUGAAACAUCGAUCUUCUAUAUCACUUCUAUUUUUCUAUUACGCAUCUAUCGAGGUGAAAUCUCAUGAGCGGCUUCGUUGAUGAUUACGUUUUUAAAUCCUGAUGUGUCAUUUUGAUGAGAGCAGGGUAUGACAGUGUUAACAUUGUGUAUUUUUUAUUUUUGUCAUUCCUAUCAAACAACUCUAUGGUGCAUUUUGCUUCGUGACUGAUAAAAAGAAAGGUGUCAUUGGUUUUAUCGAGCUUCUCCAGGAAGACAAGUUGAAUGAUGGGAGGUUAAAAUCCCAGGAGAGCUUUUUGCUUUAAAUGUUUUACAGUCUGCAUUAGAGCCUUAACAUGAGCACUGACCUGGCAGCAAUAACUUACUAGAGAAAACUUUCACCUUUUGUCCAGAUCAGUCAUUUCCUAUUCGUGUCUCAUCAUCUAAAAUCAACAUUACACAUUCAUCUUUGACUAACAUGCUCUUGCUUUAGGUGUGGACACCGACCGAGAGACAAAACAGCAGCUUAACCUGUAACGUUUUCUGUGUUCCACUUGUAUGCGUUUAAAAA